AUGAACAAUAAUAUAAGUCUAGAGAUAACGUGCCCUACAACUCGCCGGCUGGCCGCUCCACCUUCGACGGAGAUGAUGGUGUCGGAUAGCUCAAGACGUCGUUGCUCAGGGUCUCUGGCUGCUACUAGUGCCGACGAAACUCGUCGAAAGAAGGACCGCUGCUGUUGGUCACGGCGGAUGAGGGCUCGCCGUGGUGGUCGUCAGAAAGGUAGCAAUGCGGCUCGGUUCCGAGCGACGGACGCGCGGAGGAGCGAUGGUGGUUGGAGUUGCGGGCUCGUCGGAGGCAGAGAUAGCCGGGAAGGGUCGGCGGCAAUCGGGUGUCAAAAAUUUUCGGCCUCGCGAUGGCUCAACAGCGAUUGGUCGGACCUGCAAAGAUUCACCGAUGGUUGCCUGACGAGGAGGAGGAGAACGAUGAUGGCGAUGAUGUUUGAACGGGCUGCUGCUCGUGGGAAAACAUCCCCUUCUGCUGGGCUCUCGGUGGAGGAACGAGAGAUAACCUGCCCUGCAUCUCGCCGGCUGGCCGCUCGACCUUCGAUGGAGACGAUGGUGUCGGACAGCUCAAGACGUCCUUGUUCGGGGUCUCCGGCUGCUACUAGUGCUGACGAAACUCGUCGAAAGAAGGACCGCUGCUGCUGGUCACGACGGAGGAGGGCUCGUCGUGGUGGUCGUCAGAAAGGUAGCAAUGCGGCUGGGUUCCGAGCGACGGGCUGCUGUGGCUCACGGUGA